AUGGUGAUCGAUUGUGACUCGAUUCUAUCGCGGGUUCCUCCUCCAGGAGCUGUGCCAGUAUCUUUGGCAGAAGCAGCGCAGAUCUGGAACGCCAAUGGAAUGCAUGGGACUUUGAGAGAGCUAUCCAUUGUCGGCAUGGUCGUCAAAAUCCAAGCUCCCCGACCAGUCAAGGGCGAGCUAAAGGGGAAAUGGAACACGACGCUGUGGAUUCAAGAUCCCACCAUUUCUUCGGCGCGGGCUGGCGACGCUUGUCCCCGCUGGGGCUUUGAAUUGACUGUCUGGGCAACAGUGGACUCAAUCCACCGACUGCCUAGAGCAGAACCCGGCGAAAUACUUGUAGCAUACCCCGUCCAUCUUACCGGCAGUCACGGUUCUAUAUUCUCUAUCAAACUAUCCCAUAGCGGGAUGAUCUCAGAAGAUCAAAUGGACGAACGCAUGUUAGUCGUGAUCCCCAAGGGUGCGGUCGCAAAAGAUCCCAGGCCUGCACCUGGCUCCGUACUACCAAAAAAUGCUCCUGAACUCAAGUGGAUUCCGGACAACAAAUUCGAACAACGGCUGUACAUUUCCGCUUUGCUUCAAACUCUAGAUAAUCUCGUCACAUUUGCCGCAAAGGAAGACCCGCCACCAGUCAUCAGAAGUAAUGGAAUACCAGAGUCAAAGAAAGCGAUUGUCCUCCCAACUCGCGACGCGCAGGACAUUGGGCGAUUCCUCAAAAACCAACCCUCUUGUGUGAACCUAGAAGGAAUGGUGACACGUGUGAGAGCGAUUCAGAAAGUGAAUACAAGUCUAAGCGACCCCGAUGGCAUAUCAUGCUUGAUUAUCGAUAUCUGGGAUGGGUCUGAACGAUCUUCCGAGAACGCCUUGCUGGAACGACGACCGAAUGAAAAAGUGAAUAUGACUUCUUUUUUCAUGAAGAAAGAAGAAGCUGUUUGCUGGGGAAGAAGUGCAAUUCAACCCCAUACAUGGAGACCAUUCCUGAGAACUUGCCCGAUUCAUUUGUACGGUGAUGCGAUAAAGAGCGCGAUGGCUCAACAAGUGAGCACAGGCUGCUACUUCCGAGCAUUCUCUGUCGAACUCUGCGAAGAGUCGGCCGUUACAGGACCGUGGUCCAUACAUAGAGGGACGCCUAGGAAUGGAAAAAGAGUUGUGCUUCGAUGCAGCAGCGAUGCUCCUGAAGGUGCAUCCUCUGGAAUACAAAUUUUACCGCCGUCUUACCACCGAGCAAGAAAGCUCUCUGACUUGAUUAUGAGAAGAAGUGCAGUCUGGUUAGGAAUCCCGACUGUUAGUUACAAUGAAACGUUUGAAAAGUUCAAGAACCAAAGCUUCAACCAAGCCUCGCAAGCAGCGGCAGUCGAGAAGCAACGAAUGGUGGAGCAACGACUUGCGGAAGGCCACGCUCAUAUGCGCGCUAAACACUCAGAAACUGUCAAUGGCGGCAAUGGUAACCCGGCUGCUGUUCCUAUGAAUCCUGGCAUCAAGAACGAAGUCAUUCGAGCAGAAUCCUAA